AUGUCCAGGAUGAAAAACGGUAUAGUGACGAUGAAGACUGUAUUAUCCAAUCUUCAACUUUUGCAAUACUUGCCAACAUUCCAAAAAAACAAUAUUGAUCUGAAAACCUUUUUGACGAUGAAUGAACAAACUUUGCAAUCAAUUGGCAUCUUAAAUGAAACACAUCGAAGAAUUUUAAUAAUAUACAUACGCAAACUUUCUCAACUAUUACUCACUACGGCAGUAGCUAAUUUGAUCGAAGAAUUGGAUGAACAUUUGCUAUCACCGAUUACCGAAGAAGCUCCUGGUCAACAAGACGGGAUUUUGUCGGAUGAUGUCGACUAUCAAUCAUCUGAGUUCAUACUCGAUGACAAAUCCGACAAAUCCGAUAAAUCCGAUAAAUCUGCUCUAAUAACACCAGAUCCUCCACCAGCGUAUACUGUCGAACCACAAGAAGUCAAUGCACUCCAUCAAACAACAUCAUUAACUUCUAAUUGUAUCAAGUCAAAUAAUUUUUUGUUCAACAAAAGACGAAGUCUAUCAACAAAAGGUCGUGGCAUGAAUCUAAAUGAAAGCUCAAAUCGGCGUCAUUCGAUGCCGGAAUUGCCAUCAUAUUUUGAAGUGAUAAAGGAAAAGCGGGCCAUGAUCCCUGUCAAUAUAGGCGAAAAUGAGGGCGAGGAGGAAUUACCUUCUUAUUCAUGCACCGUGAGUAAAGCUGGUUAUCUAAUAAAAAAGGACGAGGAAAAAGCUAAUGGACAGAGAGCAAUCGAUAGAUCAUGGAGGAAAUAUUAUGUGUACCUGUGGGGUACUUUCGUGAGAAUAUAUAAAAGCGAGCCUCUUGACGUACACCAUGUACCACCGAUACUUCAGUUCAGCAUGGACAAAACUAUAGUUAAUCUGGCCGUGGACUACACGAAACGACGUAACGUGUUCCGAAUCUACCUUCCUACUGGUCACCGAUAUUUAUUCCAAGCAGAGGACCGUGAUGAUUGCAUCUCGUGGAUCGAGAAUCUACAAUCCUCGGCGAACAUUUCGUCAACAAUAGAUGAUCGAGAGAUGCCAAUGUUUAUAACCUUACCGGUCAGACGAAGAAGACGUGCAACCAUGCCAACAUCUUCAUCGGAAUCGAACUAUGAUAAUAAUUCUAAUGCGAUGGUCACUUCAUCGGGGCUAACGUAUGAGCAUUUUAACGAAAUCGCAAGAGAAUUGCAACAAGCGCAAGUUACAAAUGCGUUACCACAACGACAAUUACAAUGGUGA